CACACUGCAUAGCUUGGUGCCCUGUCUUGAGUGUGCUCCUGGUCACAGUAUUACGAUUUUCUUCUGGGAACAGUGUGGACUGAUUCUGCAGAUAUGAAGGAGGUGGUGUGGCUGCUACCAUCUCCUGGUGUGGAUGGCGGUGGUGCCACUGAGAAGCAGCAGCAGCAACUGGUGCAUUGCCAGGAGUGCAGCUUCCUCAGAUUGGGACCUGUGACCUGCUGUUCCAACAGCUGCUCCACCUGCUGCUUGCAUGGUGCCAAGUGCCACGUGUGCAGCAAAGUGUUGUUGUCGCCACUGGUCUUCUCGCUGAACCCGCAGCAGGUGACAGCUGCUGUGCCCUUAGUGCAGGGUGUGCAGCCCGGCUUCCACGACGGUACACCGCUACUACAGCUGGCCACACAUGACCACACCUGCGAGCACCACCUGCUGCACUGCCUCGUUCAGUCAGGCACGUGUUCAUGGCACGGCAAGCGUGCCGACCUGGAGGCGCACACCCAGGCCAAACACCCACAACACUUCGUGCGCUUCCCCAGCACCGUGGGCAACAGUGUCUCGUGGCGCAUCUCUAAGAAUGGCUGCUGCAUCGACCUGGUGCGCCAUCUUGUUGUGGCCUUGGGUGAGAUGUUCGUCUACCAAAAGCAGUUCAGUUACCAGGAGCGUCAGCUGUUCAUUGCCAUUCAGCUGGUGGGCCCUCCUGAACGUAGCAGGCUCUACCGGUACAAGUUCAGGCUCACCCGCAAUGAGGGUGCCCACUGUGUGACUUUCGAGCAUGCUGUCCAUUCACAGAAUGAGAACCUGCAGCGAACAUUCGGCCUCGGUGACUGCAUCAAAGUGCCCUAUGAUACUAUCUCUCAGUUCUGCCAUGGCGAGAGGGUGCUUAUACUGUGUAAGCUUGACCCGCCGUAUGAGCCAAAUGUUGAAACCACACAUUUGUAGUCCUCCAAUUACUGUGAUGCAUAGUUUUGAUGCUAUGGUUAUCACAGACCUACUAAUGUCUUGUUAAUACAUAGCCUGACACAAAAUCGACACCGCUUAUCACAUAUCAGUGAAAAUUUAAGGUGUAAGAAGAUUAGUGGCAGAAUCCAC